GCUGCUGCUGCUUGGAGGGGCCCUCCUGGGAGGUUAGGGGACCCGAGGCCGGGGGCUGCUUCGAGCCAGAACAGCGCUGGCGGCGGGGGCACCCACAGAGGACAAAUUGAGGCAACCUCUGGGGACCCUACGAAGCCCCCCUGUUGGAUGUGGGGGACUGAGCUUGGGUCCCCGAAGUGAGAUCCCUGGCUGCGCUGACUGUGGGGCAGUCAUGGGGGGUGCUGGCCCCCAUGUCCAUGACUGGGGUUCAGAGAGAAUCGAGCCCUGUGGCAUCAGCUGCAGCACAAGACAAAGCCCCCAGGUGACUUGUGAGGCUCGUAUUCCUGCAACAGAGACCACCCCAGCUGCAGGAGUGAAUGUCGUAGUAGUGGUGGACGGCAACUGUAUCCUGCAGUAUACCCAUCGCCAGUCACCCUGCUCCUGCCUUUCUGAUGGGGAGCCUCUCCUGUCCCGACGCCCUCCGCCAACGUACGGCGCUGUGCCCCCCAGCCCCACUGUCCCCCGGGGCCCAGCUUGCGGCCAAGAAGCUGGACCGCCCCCAUCCCGCAGGACCCGUGGACUCAGCGUCCGCUGCUGCACCAAGGCCUGCCUGGGCGACGAAGAGGAACAUGCCGAGCGGCACCUCCAUCGGGGGGCACCCUGCAGCCGCCUCACCCCAGUGCCCUUGCCCUGCAGCCCCUCUGGGCCGUGGUUUGGAGUGGGGUCUCUCAGUGGGGGCAGGCCGGGGGCUCGGGUUGUGAAGAUCUGGGACCGACAGCGAUGCCCCUUGCUGGAGGAAGGGGAUGUCAUUGCAAAGGUGAACGGGGCUGACGUGCGGGAUCUGAGCCCUGGAGAAGUGGAGAGUGUCUUGCAGGAGCACACGCGGACAGGAGAUGUGAUCCUUCUGGUGGAAAGGAAAGGUCAUCAUUCCCGGAGACAUCCCCAGGAAAACUGCUCUUUCAGACGAGAACACCUCUUGCCUGACUCUUGUCACAAUAAAGGAGUUUCCCGAGAUACUCCUAACACUUGGGGAGCCCCCCAAGCUGACACUUUGGCUGUGACCAGUUUUGUGGGCCCCGAGCCCCGGGAUGUACUUGUGUGUCCUGCUCGUUGCUCCCAGAGGCUGAGGAGGCCCCGGCCAGCGGGAGGGGCUGGGGAGCCCACAGGAGGUGUGGAUGGCCCCAAAGAAGACCAUGGAUGCAACAGCGGCGUCACCACAGCAACAGAUGGAAGUGGAGCUGUGAGAGCAGCCAGCUCCCUGUUGCCCCAUCCAGAAGAGGGUCCCUCUCAUCAGGAAGAUGGUGGGCUCUUAGCACGGCUAUCCCAUGGCGAUGUCGGGGGCAUCUUCCGGCAGGCGGGGAGCCGGGUGCGAAUGAGGGUCCGGAACCGCAAGGACGCGGGAGUUUCCAGCGAUUUGAACACAGCUGAUAUUGAUGUAGGUGAAUGUCCCCGGAGCCCCACCUACCGCCUCACCCAGCCCCAGGAGACUGGCCAAUAUUCAGUGGAGCUGCUACGAGGACCCAGCGGCUUUGGCUUCAGUUUGAGAGGCGGAAGUGAAUAUAACAUGGACAUCUAUGUCUUGGCCCUCAUGGAGGGUGGACCAGCCCAGCAGUGUGGCAAGAUUCAGGUGAGCGACCAGCUGGUAGAGAUCAACGGAGAGCCUACGGCAGGAAUGACGCAUGCUCAAGCUGUGGAGCACAUCCGCAACGGGGGGAGCCGGAUACGCCUGUUGCUGAAGAGGGGCAACGGGUUCGUUCCUGAUUAUGACCGCGACUACAGUCAGAGCCCUGCCAGGUUGCAGCAGGCGCCAGAGACCGAGGACAAAGGCAGGCACCGGCACCGGAGAGCAAACCCGCCUGGGGGUCCCCAGUAUCUGGGUCAGCCCCCCUGUGACGGGGGCAGCCGGGAGGCAUCGCCCAGCAACAAGCCGCGGCAGCAGCUCCAGCUCCAGCUCCCCAAAGCCCGCCAGCCCAGCUGGCCGCACCGCAGCUCCACCAAGGCUCUAGGGGAGGAAGACGAAGAUGGAGAAGGGGGCUGGAGGAUGCGGGAGCAAGGGAAGGGCGUGGAGGGAGGGGGGGACAGCUGCAAGCUGCUCUCCCCCAGGCCGAGCAGGAAGCUGCGCUCAGACCUGGUCCCUGGUCCCUGGCUCGUGCCCAGCAAGGAGCGCCUGUCCCGGGCUCUGUGGGGCGUCUGCAUGGGCCAGGGGGAGGAGGAAGAGCAAAAGGGUGACUCGGGGAGAGGGAAAAGCAUGGAGGUGAAGAGGCGCAGCUAAACCCAGCACUCUUUGCGGCUCCGCAACGCAGCCGUGUCGGGAACUACUCAGUGCCUGGGGCAAUGGCCCUGCCCACCCCCAUCCGGACUAUGCAAUAUGAUUUUCUUUUUUCCUUUCCUUUGCCCGCUCCCCAUAUUCGUACUAUGCAAUGGCAGCUUCCUUCUUGCGCUCCCUGCCCCCCUGGCCCCCCCCCAUCC